CCAACCUGCCACCCGAGGGUACCCUCCUGUUCCACCUUGCCACCGGAGGAUACCCUCCUGUACCAGCCUGCCACCGGAGGAUACCCUCCUGUACCAGCCUGCCACCGGAGGAUACCCUCCUGUACCAGCCUGCCACCGGAGGAUACCCUCCUGUACCAGCCUGCCACCGGAGGAUACCCUCCUGUACCACCCUGCCACCGGAGGAUACCCUCCUGUACCACCUUGCCACCGGAGGAUACCCUCCUGUACCAACCUGCCACUGGAGGAUACCCUCCUGUACCACCUUGCCACCGGAGGGUACCCUCCUGUACCACCUUGCCACCGGAGGAUACCCUCCUGUACCAGCCUGCCACCGGAGGAUACCCUCCUGUACCACCUUGCCACCGGAUGAUACCCUCCUGUACCACCCUGCCACCG